AUGCUUCGAUUCUACAGCAAUUCAAGAGCCAUUUAUGGUCUGUGCAGGUCACUUAGUAAUCAAAUUGGUAAGCGAUAUCAAUCAUCAACAACAGCAGCAAAUGUUCCUUUAGAACCGAAUGCAUCAACAAUGUCGAUUUUUAGUGGACAUAUAAAAGGAGCAAUUACUAAUAAUUUAGAAAUUAUUCGUCCAGAAAAUAUAACACCGAUUUCAAUUUAUCAAGUUCUUGACUCUGAUGGAAGUAUUAAAGAGCAAAGCCACGCACCAGAUUUUACUGACGAACAUUUGAUAAAAAUGUAUAAAGAUAUGACUCUACUCAAUGUAUUGGAUCGAAUCUUAUAUGAAUCACAACGGCAAGGUCGUAUUUCAUUUUAUAUGACGAAUUUUGGUGAAGAAGCAACACAUAUUGGUAGUGCUGCUGCUCUUAAUCCAAAAGAUCUUGUUUAUGGACAGUAUCGAGAAGCUGGUGUACUCAUGUAUCGUGGUUUUAAAUUACAUGAAUUUAUUGAUCAAUGUUUUGGUAAUGCUCAUGCAUCUUGUAAAGGUAUUCAAAUGCCAGUACACUACGGUUCAGCUGAUUUGAGUUUUGUCACCAUUUCAUCAACAUUGGCUACACAAAUGCCACAAGCUGUUGGUAGUGCUUAUGCAUAUAAAAGAGCUCAAAAUGGUUUAUGUGUUAUUUGUUAUUUUGGAGAAGGAGCUGCAAGUGAAGGUGAUGCUCAUGCUGCUAUGAAUUUUGCAGCAACUCUCGAAGUUCCGGUAAUAUUUUUCUGUCGUAACAAUGGUUAUGCUAUAUCAACAACAACAGUUGAUCAAUAUCGAGGUGAUGGUAUUGCUAGCCGAGGAGCAGGUUAUGGUAUGGCAACAAUUCGUGUUGAUGGAAAUGAUUUAUUUGGUGUUUAUAAUGCAACAAAAGCAGCUCGUGAAUUAGCUCUCAAUGAAAUGCGACCGGUAUUAAUUGAAGCAAUGACACUCAGAGUUGGUCAUCAUUCAACGUCAGAUGAUAGUUCAGCUUAUCGUUCGAUUGAUGAAGUACGUUCACGUGAUAAAAAAGAUAAUCCAAAUUUACGUGUUCGUAAAUAUAUGAAUAAACGUGGUUGUUGGAGUGAAGAAAAAGAAGAACAAUGGACUAAAGAUUCACAAAAAAUGGUAAUGGAAGCAUUUGCUAGUUGUGAAAAAACUAAACGGGCACCUAUUACAACAAUGUUUGAAAAUAUUUAUGAUAAGAUGGAACCACAUCUACAACGUCAAAUGAAAGAAAUGAAUGAACAUGUGCGUCAGAAUCAUGAUCAUUUUCCAUUAUCAUUAUACGAACAAUCUUCAACAUAA